AUGUCAGCUUUAACACCAACCUCGACACCUACAAAGAAAAGAGUGAUUAGAGAUAUAUCAAACACUUUUUUAAAAAACAACAAAAAUGAAUCAAUACAAUUACCACCUACACCAACAAAAACCCCUAUAAAAAACAAAAGAGUACGAGAUUACAAUGACGAUGUUGAUAAUGAAAAUCAAAAGGAAUUUCCACCUUGUAAGAAGAAGCUAGUGUUUACCUCUUCCUCCUUCACCGCCACCAAAAACACAUCAGUACCUAGUACUCCUCCUAAACCACUCUUGACUCCAACCACCUCAUUCAAUUCCCUCAACACAUUCAAAUCUCCUUAUUCACAAGCCAAAAGCUUAUUCCAAAGAGGCUAUCAUGACACACUAUCCAGAAACUGCUUGAUUGGUAGAGAAAAAGAAGCUCAAUGCAUCAAUGAAUUUAUCCAACAAAGCAUUGAAGUACGAAAAUCAAAUAGUUUAUACAUAUCUGGUCCACCAGGUACUGGGAAAACAGCACAAGUUAACCUAACCUUGAGUCAACCACAGUAUCACACUCCAAAAUUAAAAAUCGUUAAUAUCAAUUGCAUGAUGUUGAGAAACCCUGAACUGAUUUUCCAUGAGAUAUAUUGUGCCACUGUAGGCAAAUUAAGCAUAUCCGUAUUGAAGAAAAAGAAUUUCGAUGAUUUUUACCAGCUACUUCACGAGGGGGUAGACACCAAUUCCAGUAUCGAGCACUUGAUUUUGGUAUUGGAUGAAUUGGAUGCAUUAUUAACUAAUUCUCAACAAGUUUUGUUCAAAUUAUUUCAAAUUGCAAACUCAGAUUCACAAAUGCUGACAUCAACAAGAAUUAAGGUUUCCUUGAUUGGCAUUUCCAACACUUUGGAUUUGAGUGAUAAAUUCCUACCCAGAUUAUACAAUAAUAACCUUGUGCCCAAAGUAUUGCAAUUCUUUGCCUACAAAUGGGAACAAAUCCACUCAAUUGUGUGCUCCAGAUUACAACAACUUCCAGUACAAGUGUUUCAACCUCGUCCGCUAGAAUAUUUAUGUCAAAGAGCUGGCUCUGCCUCGGGUGACUUGAGGAAGGCAUUUGAUAUGUGCUACAAGGCAAUCGAGCUUGUUGAACUUGAAACAAAAAGACAGCAAUGGAAUGCAAAACUAGAAAGAUUGGAAAAACAAGAUGGACAAGCACAAAUCCCAGAGCAAAACCAAAACCGAGAGCAAAACCGAGAGGAAGAAGCAGUGUUGAAAAAAGUGUCCAUGUCGCACAUUGGAAAAAUCUUUGUAGAAUACUCCUCACAGAAAUCAACAAAAGACUUAAACAUGAGACAACUAGCCAUCCUUUGUCAAUUAUCUAAUUUGGCAAUGGAAAAAGGCACAGCUGAUCUUACAAUCAACACAUUAUACGAUUACUUUCAACGCCAACUGCAAAUGAAGCUGAACAUAGGCGAUAUGAAUCGUGGCGAGUUUAUUGAAAUGUUGGAUGUCUUGGAAAGCAGCAAUUUCAUCAUUUUGGGCACCACCGAGAGUGGCAAUGCGAGACUUCGAAAAAACAAUAGGUUUAGUGGGAAUAAUGACUGUGGUAUGAAAUGCAUCAAGUUGAAUAUAGAGCAUAAACAACUUGCCGACGCAGUAAAGAAUGUGCCAUUGUUGAAUAGAGUAUUGAAUAGUAAAGUUAAUUAA